GAACAAAAUAUAAAUAAACAAAGCUCCCCCAUGUGCUUGAAGAAUCGAGUAGAAAAUCAGACAUGAAAAUCGUUUGGUAUUAAAAGGCGGCUACUUGGUCAAAAAACUCCACCUUUCUGCAACCCCAGCUGUCUCGCCCUGCUCUUUCUCACUUCUUUCCAAUCAUUCUAUGCUUUUAUAUUUUAGCUCUUAACCAAAUUUUGGCUUGUUACUCUGCUGCAUAAUCAAAUUAAGCUAUCAAUCGCAGAGGAAGCUGAGAGUUUACAACAAAAAAUGGAAGUGGUGAUACCAACUUCGCCAAUUAUGGAUUUUGAUUUCAACAGUGCUAGAUCAUCUCCACGCUCGAGUGCUCCUCCUACGCCUAGACGAUUUGGUGAAUGUUUCUUUAGUGCACCGACAAGUCCCAGGCGAAUGUCUGAGUUUUAUCGAGAAUUUGAUCGAUUCUCCAUGAUGAAUGAUAGGCAAAGCAGCAUAAGAAGCAGUUCUUUGGUGAUUCCUUUUGAUUGGGAAGAAAAGCCAGAUACACCAAAGUCACCAAGGGCAACAAUAAAUCAUGAUGAGGAAAGAGACGAUUUCGCUUUUGAUUUUAGUGAGGCCUUGGAGAAAACAUCCCUCUCAGCUGAAGAACUCUUUGAUGGAGGGAAAAUCAAGCCAUUGAAACCUCCACCUCGGUUAAAGAUUGAUGAGUUCAACCAGAAAAGCCCGCUUUUAUCAUCACCAAGGUCGCCAAGAUCACCAUUAUCCCAAGCCAAAGCGAUUAUCCGCGAAGCUUUUUCUCCAAGAAAGAAAAAGGACCAAGACACUUUUGCAACUGCGAUUGAAACUGGUCGAAAUCAUACAGAACAUGGAAGAGGUAGAGAAAGAGUUCAAGAUUUCUCAUCAAAGAACUCAAGCAGCCGUAGAGCAACAAGAUCGCUUUCUACUUUUAGAGUCUCAGAGUAUCCAUGGGAGGAAGAAGAAGAGAAACAAGAGAAACAUGAAACCACCAGCAGCAAGCAAUCAUCAUUGAAUUCAGAGCCUUCGUUUUCUUCUACUUCUUCGAAGGGUUCUUCCAGAAAAUGGAGAUUAAAAGAUUUCCUGUUGUUUAGAAGCGCAUCCGAGGGACGUGCAACAGAUAAAGAUCCAUUGAGGAAGUACUCAUCAGUUUUUUUCAAGACACCUGAAGAUAACAAGAAUUCGAGUACCCGAUCCACCGACAGCUCUGGUUCAACUGGAUCCAGAAGAAAAGUGUCGGCUCACGAGCUACAUUACACAACGAACAAAGCAGUAUCUGAGAACAUGAAGAAGAAAACUUUUUUGCCAUACAAACAAGGUAUUUUGGGAAGAUUAGCGUUCAAUCCUGCAGUCCAUGCUCUCGCCACAGGAUUCGGAACACUAACACGUUAAUAAAAGUGUUCCCAUUAGUUAAUAACUAAGUGAUUUCAUUUGUUUGUUGUAAAGAUUAUCCGUUUGAUUGUUCCUGUAAAAGUGUAGAAUUCAUACGAGGAACCAUAAUCGUGAUCAGUUGUCUGAAAUCAGUGGAAUUUUUCGUGUUGCAUGCUAAUCAUAGUCUUUCUUUAAUUUCACACGACCAUUUAAAUUAUUCCAUUAUCAUUAGGACAGAUGUAACAAAUGAUAUGAGAAAAAAAAUUUUCUAUUUAAUGUAUUAUCUGUGAA